AUGUAUCCGUUGAAUAUCCAUGUCACGAGUAACGAUUGUCCAAUGUUUCUGUUCGCAGUGUUGCUGCUGACCCUGGUGGACCUGUCACAGCAGGGCUGCCAAACGUUUCAUGUUUUCCCGCGAGAGCUUUUGCGUUCCUUUGGCCCACAUCACACAACACGUUUUGAACAGCGGCCCCACGGGGAUCCUAAAACGCCCCCAGCUCUCUUCCGCAGCCACGGCAACUUCCGCACUUGGCCGCUGCGCCAGCGUCGCCCGCCUCGCCUCGACCAAUCGUCUCGCACCGUGGGGGGAAGGGAUGGGAAGGCAAAUUUAAAAAGCAAAUUUGUGUAAUUCACGAGAUACGCGAGUGGGAACGCCGGCGGUGGCUCCGCAACGAAGCUUUUGCCUGUCGGGAGAUACAACAAGAGGAAAGAGAAAAGAAAAAUCUUGGCCGUCCGCUCGAGUCCUCUUUACUCUUGAGCGCACCUCUUUUGUUGGCUGCUCCUCUCGUGAAGUGCAUCGGCC